AUGGUUCAAAACUCCAAAUUUCAUGGUUUGCCAAUGGAGGAUCCUUUGGAGCACUUGGAUCAGUUUGACAGGGUUUGUGACCUCACCAAAAUCAAUGGUGUCUCUGAAGACAGCUUCAAGCUCAGGUUUUUCCCAUUCAGCUUAGGAGACAAGGCACACCAAUGGGAAAAAAACCUGCCUAGAGGUUCCAUACAGACUUGGGAGCAGUGCAAACUUGCCUUUUUAUCCAAGUUCUUCUCUACUUCUAGGACAGCUAAGCUGAGAAACCAGAUUUCAAGCUUCAAGAAACAUAACAAUGAAAUAUUUGGGGAAGCUUGGGAGAGAAGAGCUUUACCACAGAUAAGGAAUCAAUUAGACACAGCCUCCAAUGGUAAUUUCUUGGCAAAAGAGAUUACAUCUGCUAUGGAACUUGUGGUGAAUUUGGCCAUGUCUAAUGACACAUAUGGUGAGGAUUAUGACAGGACAAACAGAUCAGAGGGUUCAAGCUCAGAUCAAAGGCUUACUAUAGAGGUUAAAGAGCUGAGGAGUGAACUAGAAAAGCUGAAAUUGGUUUCUCAAAAACCAAUUCACUAUGUUUCUGAGUUUAAUGAUUCUCCAAGCUUUGAGAACAUUAAUGAAGAUGGCCUCACAGAGGAAGAGAUCAAGUAUAUUGGGAAUCAACAGAGGUUUCAGAGGUUCAACAACUAUGGAGCCAACCAAAACCUCUCAUACCGCAAUCCCAAUGUAGCAAAUCCUCAGGAUCAGGUGUACCCUCCUCAGCAAAACCAACAAAGCUAUGCUCCUAAGCCUCAGUUUCAGAGUUCUUUCCAGCCUAAGCCACAGUUCAGUCAGCCUCAGCAGCAAUAUGGUCAACCACAACAUCAGAAUCUGGUCAGCAACUUCAGUUCUCCACAGCAACAGCUUAAAGCGCCUCCAGGUUUCAAUCAGCAGCCGAUGGUUCAGAGUCAGCAGAUGGGACCAGAUAUGUGUGGGCUACUACAGCAGUUGCUACAGGGUCAACAAAGAGCUGUGAGUCAGUAUGCUUCCAUGCAGCAGGAGAUAAGGGAGCUGAAACAGAAUCAGUGGGAGGCAGCCCCAAGGGAUAAUCAAGAAGCUGAAAGAGCAGUGAAAGGUAAGGCCAAAGAGGUGGAAAACACACCAGAACCAGAGAAAGUCUUUGUUCCACCACCACCCUAUCAACCCAAGUUACCAUUUCCAGGCAGGAUUAAGAAGCAGCUUGUAUAUAAGGCAAGAGCAGUCUUUGAGAAGACUCUUAAUGAGACACCACUCACAAUGCCUCUCAUUGAAGCAUUUCUGAUGAUGCCUAAGCUUGGGAAGUUCUUAAAGGAUGUCAUCUUGAACAAGACUAAAGAGAUUCAAGGUAUGGUGGUGCUUAGCCAUGAGUGUAGUGCCAUCAUUCAGAGAAAGUCAGUCCCAAGGAAGCUGUCUGAUCCAGGGAGCUUCACUCUCCCUUGUGCUUUAGGACCAUUGAUGUUUGUUGGAUUCUUUGUGACUUGGGAGCAUCUGUUAGCUUAA